UCGUGUCGCGACAUGCCGUGGACCUGCGGGCAUUAGGUUCAGUAUCAUUGAGAGUAGUCUACAGACACGACGCACGUUUAAGUUAGAUGCCGCAACUUCUGUCUCGUACAUUUAGUUGUAGAAAUCCGCCGUCUGCAGUCACGUCGUUGUGUUAACUGAACCUGAAAACUCAAUCGUUGAAGUAAAGAGCUCCGCGGAAAGAAAUGCACGUUUACAUCCUCACCUGCGUUUAAAAGAAGGAAGACAAAAAAAAAAAAAAAAAAAAAAACAGCGUCGCGUCAGCAUGGAUGGCUUAAGUGUUACCCGACUUUCAACAAACCGCAGACCGUCCUUUGGGACGGUGUUACCGGCUGCUGAAAAUACACUUGUAACAAAAGGUCCGAGCCAGGCUCAGGUGAAAAAGCAAGCCGUGAAAAGACACCACCACAAGCACAACCUGAAGCACAGGUACGAGUUUCUGGAGACCCUGGGAAAAGGAACCUAUGGCAAGGUGAAGAAAGCCAAGGAAAGAUCCGGUAGACUGGUUGCUAUUAAGUCAAUCAGAAAAGAGAAGAUCAAGGAUGAGCAAGACCUAGUUCAUAUUCGCAGAGAGAUAGAGAUCAUGUCCACACUCUGCCACCCUCACAUCAUAACCAUAUAUGAAGUAUUUGAGAACAAGGACAAAAUAGUGAUUGUGAUGGAGUAUGCCAGCCAAGGGGACCUGUACGACUACAUCUGCGACAAAAGGAGCAUCUCUGAACGUGAGGCCAGGCACUUCUUCAGACAGAUUGUAUCAGCUGUGCAUUACUGCCAUCAGAAUGGAAUAGUACAUCGGGACCUGAAACUGGAGAAUAUUUUAAUAGAUGGAAACGGCAAUGUAAAGAUUGCAGACUUUGGCCUGUCGAACCUCUACCAUGGUGAUGAGUACCUCCAAACCUUUUGCGGCAGCCCUCUUUACGCUUCCCCAGAGAUUGUGAAUGGACGUCCUUAUCGCGGGCCAGAGGUGGACACUUGGUCUCUUGGUGUGCUAUUGUACACCAUGGUUCAUGGCACAAUGCCAUUUGAUGGACACAACCACAAGACAUUGGUACAACAGAUCAGUACUGGAAACUACCGGAAACCCACCAACCCCUCUGAUGCUUGUGGGCUUAUCCGUUGGAUGUUGAUGGUGAAUCCUGAGCGCAGAGCCACAAUAGAGGAGAUUGCAGGACACUGGUGGCUCAACUGGGGCUAUCAGCAGCCAUUACUGUCCGAGACAAAGAGCAGCCCAGUAGAGCAGGCCCCUUCACCAGCCACUCCAUCGUCAUUGCACCCAGCUGGGCUGGCCAGUGUUGCUAGUUGGCUGCGGCGUACUUCCAGGCCUUUACUGGAGAACGGCUCCAAGAUGCGUUGUCUGCUCCGCUCGCAGGGUGGAGGAGGGGAUGUGGUCCGGCAGCGUUCUCUACGGAGGUCACGCAAAGAAAACAAUGUCUCCCAGACUGUUCAUGAAUCGGGCACUGACAGUCGCCCCUCUAAGAGUAUUUUAAAGAAACGCAACAGCGUGAAGCAGAAGGCAUUGAGUGAAACCCCCACUGUGGGUUCAGUGGAGCCACAAACCAUUUUGGGCUUGUCUACACCAGCCAGCACUCCAUCAUCUGAACAGCAGCCCCGCAAAGGUAUCCUAAAGAAGUCUUCGGAACAAGAGUCAGGGUACUACUCAUCCUCUCCUGAGAAUAGUGACUCUGGCUGGGCACCACAUCCCAAAGAGUGUCCUUCAGCACCACCCUACCGGAAAGGCAUCUUAAAGCGUAAUGGAAAGUAUUCUUCGGGCUGCCUUCAGGAGUUUGGCUCUCUGGACCAGCUGGCAGUGUCUUUACCCCGUGGAGGAACCAGGUCCAGACCAAGUGGGGCCAUCAGCGAGGACAGCAUUCUGUCUUCAGAGUCCUUUGACCAGCUGGAUCUUCCUGACCGUGUUGGACUUCCAACACAAAUGGAAGAACCGGUCAAAGCGAGCAUGAGAGGAUGCGUGUCUGCUGACAACUUGCUGGACAUCUGUGAUGACGGGAUUCUUCGGGAGGGGUCGCUUAGGCCCUGGAACUGCUAUGAGGCCGGGGCGGCUGACAGCGCCUUCUCCAUUACAGACUGUGAUAACGUAACAGAAGCCUACAAACAGGCCAUGGUCAUACGAAGCUCAGCAGCAAGCUGAACAUCUGGCACAAGUUUAAGUCUCUAAUUAAAGACUUCUUUUUCAUUCUGAAUUUGUAAAUGACCGUCAGCUGCUACUGAAACAGUAGCCAAAGCAUAUUAAAUGACAGACCAGCAGACUGUAGGGUCAUUUUGGCUAGCUUGAGGAAUGUGCAGAACCAAAAAAGGGAAGAGGCUUAUUUUGAAACACCAGAUUGUGGCUUAGAUGGUGAUCAAUUAGUGUUGCUUAAAUUAGCCUCUCAAGCUUUCUUUGUGAAAAAGGCUAAAAUGACCAGAUUGCACUGUUUUUUGUUUUUUUUUUUUUUGUUUUUUUUUUUUUUAAGAAAUGAUGACCAACAGUGCUUUUCAAAGAUUCUCAGGAGAAGAGAGCUGCUUUUGGUCAGUCAGGAGCGGUAAUAUUUUGGACGUAUAAACCCAGUUUCAGAAGUGUAGUGACUGUAAAAGGUCAUCCUGAAACCAAAACACUGGUCUGAUAUGCGAAGGAAACUGUGCUUCACAUGUUGCUCAUGAAUACAGACGGUUGGACUAUUGUCUGAAUGUUGCAUAAGAAGCAAACGUCGAGGUCUUUCACUGUUGAUAAGACAGUUUGAGAAGAAGUUUAUGACUUAACAGCUCUUGGAUUGUCGCUUUGUUAUUGCCGAUCUUUUGUAAGCCUUAUAUGCAUCUCAGAUUACAUCAGAAACGCACAGAUUAAAUGUUGGGAUGGGAUCAAACAUUUACAAAAGGAUGUCGAAAGCUGACAUUUCAUGGAAACCAAAGAAUGCAUUUACUAGUGUUAGACUUGUUUUUGUGGGGGUUUUUUUGUUGUUUUUUUAAGUGCUAUCAAAAAGUGCCAUGAUGAAUUUUGUUUUACACAGGGAUAUCAGCUCUGAAAGAGUUUGUUUUUUAUGUUUUUCUUUUUUCUUGAGAGGACUUGAGCUAAUUUCGAAUAAUGACUUGAAUAAUGAUGGUGACACACAUCUCCCAAUGAGCGAAACCAGUAGAGCUUGCUUUUGUUUCUAAGUAAACAGUAAUAAAGGUGCCCAGUUAGCAGUUCUCUUCUUUGUGCAUGUAGGUGGCAGUUUCACUGAAGGUGGAGCUUGUCCUUUUUAAAGAUUUUAGAGGUUGCAAGUUUAAAUUUCAUAAACUGUGCGUUUUAAAGGUAAACUGUGUGUCCAUGUGAACUACCACCCAAUGUAUAUAAAGCGGCACACACAUGCUUACAUUUUGAAGAUGAACCUUGUGUUGAACUUUGCAUUUUCGUGUACACCUGGAGCAGAACUAUAUUUCACACAGCUGGAUUAGAAGUUUCAGAUAGUUGUAGCAUAGCUCGGGGCUUGACUGGUUGACAGAACUUUCACACCAUGUUUCAAAAGGGAAAAUAAAACAUGCUGUUGAUACCUUUGGUAAAGAGCAUACCAGUUUUGUCAGUGUGUUUGACUUAUUAAUCCUGCUUUAUGAAGUAUCUUCUGUGGGUCAGAGAAGGGUAUAUCUGUAUUUUUUGUGUGUUUCAUUCUGCACAGUGGAGUUGCUUAAUUGGAUUGGCAUGCUUGGUAUUAAGUUACAGCAUCAAGCAAGUGCCUUGAUCAGCACUUUAUCGAAACUUGAUGGCAAUAAAUUUUGUUUCAGCUAUAAUUAGCAUUAAGUUUUGUAACAAGAGUUUCACCUGACAAGAGACUGCCAAGGUAACUGGAAUGUAUUUUUGGCACACUAUUCAGGUAUAAAGGCCCCACAUGUAUACAAAGUCAACUGGGUUUUCCUGAUUUCAACUGAAUAUUCUUGUCAUUUCUUAUCGGUCAUGGACUACUGAUUGUUGUCACAUUAAGGGAAAAAAUGAAGUAAGCUUUUUGAAAGAUAGGUUUAAAAUGUUAUUGUUUCACAUUUUUGUAUAACUUUUGGCAUUUCAUCAGUUUUUCAUUUUUCUUUUCUCCUGUAAGUCACAGGUGUGCAGGUUCUAGUUGUUUUUUUUUCCCUUUGACAGCAACUACAACCAUGGCUGCCAAAGUUUCUGGCUUAUCAUUCAUAUGACUGUGGGAUUUGCCAUGCUGUUGUGUGACCAGGACAAGUAAAGCAAUAAAAAACAAGAAA